AUGGCUGCUAACUCAAAGACGCUAGAAAACCACCCGAUACUUGGUACAGCAAAGUUGCGGCAAGCUCUUACAAAGACUCGUAAAGUGAACACUCUUAUAAAUGCUGUGAAGAAGUUUCAAGAAGACAAUGGCAUUAAGAUGGAUACCCUCCCACCCGCUUUACAACUAUUGGAUUUACACAAGAUCAAGCGGCGGGACUUUUACGAGCAGGCCGCCGCUGACAUAUCAGAACAAGUCGUUGCCCGGAUUCGCGCUCUUGGUGAGAAUGGUUCACCAGAAUCAAUAAGGAAGUUGGAAGAGCAGCUUGAAAAGUGUUUUGACUUGUUCCCUCUUCCUCAAUUCCGAAAUAUUGUGCUCGAAAAUCUGAAGCAAUUACCAAAGCUCCAAGAUCGGCAUUUUUGGGUACUUUUUUUUAGGUAUCUCGAUAGCAUUAUGCAUGAUCGUGAUUUCUAUGACGCAUGCCCUCUUUCCGUGAAACAGCAAAUUUGGCUGCGAAAUCUCGACCUGUUCAAAGAGACAUAUCAGCCGGCAAUUGAUUCAUACUUGAAGCGGAAAGAAAAUCUGUUGUUAUCUGCAGAGCCGACAGCUACCAAUUUUUUCACCAUCGAAACUACCAAAGCGCGACGCCAAUGGCAAGAAAUCAAAGAUCUGAUUAUGUUUGUUGGUAAUCAUGAUGAGUUAUUUUUGGCCGUAAUGACCUACAUCAGGGAUUUAUUUGCUUCCACCGGUGAUGUCAUGCUUUGUUCUCUGAGAUAUGAGUUAAUUAUGGCUGCUCACGAUGCCAGCAUUGAAGGCAUAGUCAAAGCAGAUCUUUGCCACGACUUCGCUUGGUGUUUGGAAGCGUGCAUGCGAGAUAAACAUUUGGAAAGCCAUCAGACAAAUAGGCUUCGCCAUAUUCUUGACACCUUCCCGAAAUCUUCACAUGAGAGAGUCGUUGAUUUGGCAAUGGUAGCUGGAGAUGUUCACGUGGUUCACUUUCUUUGUUCGGUAACCGUGAGGAAGUUGAGAGACUCGGUAGGUUCUGCAAUUCCGUAA